UCCGUGCCACUCGAGCGAAGUGAGAGAGUUUACGCGCCCGCGUCAUAUAGCUUUGUAACAAAAUCCGAAACGACACGGUUUAUAUUGGAUUCCGGCCUUCUACUACGCAUCGGAUUCUGGUGGAAAGUGGGACGACUGCCAAAUCACUCCGGGAAAAAUUCUCACAGCGUCAAAUCCGCGAUCUAUCGACGCCGUCGACCGCUUUUCCAUUUUCUUCCAACGUUUCCUCACCGUUAUAACCAUUAUUUAUAGAUACGGCACUCGACGGAGCAGCUCGAGGAGAAGAUCGGCGAGUCGCGACACGCAAUGUCGUAUCAUCGCGGCGGGCAGACGGGCGCCGUAGCGGUGUCGUACAGCACGAGUCCAAUGCCGCAUUCGCCGAAUCGGAGAUACUCGAGCGGCGCCGGUGGCGGUAGCACCACCACAUCCGGUAUUGGGAGCACCACGUCCAAGUUCAAUACCUACCGCUCCGCCGGCACCUCCUCGCUCCUCGACCGACCCACCACCAGCUUCUACACGCCGUCCUCGGCGGGCCUGCACUCCAACUACAUCACCUCCGAGUACAGACGCUCCUAUUGCGCCCCGGGAAGCUUCUAUUCGUCGGCUUCGAUCAGCACGACCAUCCGCAGGAAGUAUUCGUCGGACUACAGUCGGUCCAACUGCUCACCCGCAAGGUCAGUCUCGUCGUCGUCAUACGGCGAAGCGGGUGGCGGCGCUGCGACAACCACCGUUAACGGCACCAGCAGCGGCAGAUACGUCUCCUCAACGUCAACCGCCUCCGUUAACUCAUCGUCCUCGAGAGAACGCGGCAGCAACGUCGAUGCGGCGGCCGAUAUUAUCAGCAGGUACUCGCCAGCCACUUACGUACCGAAUAUUCAACGUCAGCAGCAAGGAAGUAGCAGCAGCAGCAGCAGCGCGCAUCACUGGAGGCAUCGUUCGACAUCGUCGUCUCUGAACGAGUUGUUUGGCGGCGACGAGCGUGAAGCAGAGCGCAGAGAUCUACGUCCGGAGUCUUCGCUCUCCUCGUCAUCUUCUUCCUCGUCCGCCGCCGCCACCGGCGCGGUCGGUCUAUGGUCGAAAUCCAACAAGAGAAGACCGAUACCUACAAACGGCGCCACGUCUCUUGCCGAGGUAACAGUCUUAUCGAGGAUCAUCGACGAUGAUUACGACGAUCACAUUACGCGUAAAUUGAACGACGACGAUAACGACGACGACGACGACGACGACGACGAUACCAAAGACAUUAACGACGAUCAGCAUAAUAACAACGGCAACAUCAGUGACAACGGGCAAGACAGCAACGACGAGGAUAUCGCGUGCGGAUACGGCGUUAACAACAACGACAACGACGACAACGACGAGGACGAGGACAACGACGACGCUAACAACGACGACGAUAAUCUCAACAAUCACCACUUUCAUCAACAGCGCCGCCACCGAUCCGACGAGGUUUCGCCUGCUAAGCAUAAUCUUCUUUCUCCUGCUGCCGCCGCCGCCGCCGCUGUCGCUGGUGGUAGUGGUAGUGGUUUGAUUAGUGAUGUUAGUAGCCUUGACCUGUUAACUAACCACGCGACUAAUACUCGUAACGAACUGCUGAUCAAUAACAACGCUCAGAACAAGGUGACAGGAGGGAAGGAAGAAGAAGGCGAGAUCGCGACGAGUAACAAGGUAACGCGCGGUGCCGACAAUGUCCCGUCGAUCGUCACGUUUCUGCAGAAUAAUUGCAUCAACGAGCGAGACAUUUCCGAAGAUGGCGAGGAAGAAAGGAACGACAGCUCGGACGGUUUCGGCGGAACGCCGCCGAUAGACAGCGUAGCUGGUAGACCAUCGGUUACUCAUGGCGACGAUCCAUCGGUUCCUUCGACGUCGAGGAGAACGGAUCAGUCUGGUCUCUUCUCCAAUACUGCCCACUUGACAUCGUCACCGACAAAUCCAUCUACGGCACAUCAGAGUAUUUAUCGCGGUGUCAACGAGCAAUACGAAGGAAAUCCAACUAAUAGAUCGGCACGUAAUCGUCUGCAAGCUUCACGCGAUGAACGAUGUGGUCUAAACGGCUUACGGAAUAUUGGAAAUACAUGUUUCAUGAACAGUGUGAUCCAAUGCUUGAGCAACACGAGACCUCUGCUGGAGUAUUUGCUGAACGAACAAUAUUUGGCCGACAUAAAUACUACUACGUCCAGCAUGAAAGGCGCUCUAAUCAAAGCGUUCAGCCAAGUGAUCCACGAAUUGUGGGAGGUGGGCGGUGAUCACGUCGUCAAUACGACCGCGCUCAAGUCUCAGAUACAGAGAUUCGCGCCACGUUUCAUGGGCUACAGUCAACAGGACGCCCAAGAGUUUCUCAGAUACUUGUUGGAAGGUUUGCAUGAAGAUGUCAACAGAGUUACCACAAAGCUACCACCUAUACAUGGAGAUAUACCUGAUAGUUAUACGGAUAUGCAAAAAGCGGUGGAGAGUUGGAAACGUUAUCUUCGCAGCGAAGAUAGUAUGAUAGUCGAUGUUUUUGUCGGGCAAUUACGUUCAUCGUUACAUUGCACCUCCUGUGAUCAUGUAUCGGUCACGCUGGAUCCGUUUUGGGAUUUAAGUUUACCGAUACCAGGCAGAAGCGGAACAGUAAAGCUGAGUCAAUGCUUGGAGCACUUUACUCGAGAGGAGGUGUUGGACGGCGACGAAAAGCCAACCUGUUCCAAAUGUCAAAUGAGAAGAAAGUGUACCAAGAGCUUCAGCAUACAGAAAUUUCCAAAAAUUUUGGUAAUUCAUUUGAAACGUUUCUCUCCAAUGGAACGUUUCCGCGGGAAGCUGAACGUGAUGGUGGACUUUCCGUUGACGGGUUUAGAUCUCAGUGCCUUUGCUGCCCCGAGAGUUCCGGGCUGUACGUAUAAUCUGUACGGGGUCGCGAAUCACUCGGGUACGACAUACUCUGGUCAUUAUACCGCGUACUGUAAGCAUCCGUACUCGGGAGAAUGGCACGAGUAUAACGACAGCCGAGUGUCCGUUGUGUCUGCACGAUCAGUCGUUUCCAGUGAAGCCUAUGUACUAUUUUACGAACAACAGCCUCAUAGUUCUCAUUUGUAACCUUACGCCAUGCUUAGAGAGUAAACACAACCACCUUGCCUCUCUCGAUACCUCAACUCAGCCUAGUAAAAACUCUGUCUUCUGACAUAUUGAAAAGCGACUAAACACUGAAACGGAGGGCUCCACCCUCCUGGAUAGCAAAGUUCAUUGUGACCUUGUUGGCGAUAAUCGUAUCUCUUCCUGAAAUAUGUUUCUGGACGUAACGUACGUACAAUGUCCCUUUAUAAUGAGAUUACACGAUCGAUAUAAUUAAUGAUUAUUAUAAUUAUAUACACUUGAUACAUACAAUGCUUGACAUGGGAAAUUACUCCCGCAUAUCGAGUUUAAUCUCUGUGAAAUUAUUUAUUUCUUUUUUUUCUUUUAUGUAAAAAGGUGUGUUUUACGAGAUAAUUUACCUUACAAUUAUUGUGAAAUAGAAUUAUAUAUUUGUAUUUGUUUGUUACCUUAAUUAGAUGCAAAACUAUAAAAUACUCAAUUUGGAAGAGAACAAAGAGGUAUGAUGAUGAAAGUCGCCAAAAAUUGUACACACAUACACAUAGUGCUUCAGAUGUCUAGUUACUUUUGAAUAGACAAUAUCUAUAACAAUACAUCUCCCACUCUUCAUUAAACACAUUGUGGCGACAUAUUUACUUUUGUAAAAUAUUUUGUUUAAUAUAACCACAAGUUACACAAAA